AUGGGAAGAUCUCCAUGUUGUGAGAAACUACGGUCGAAGAAGGGAAGAUGGACAGCAGAAGAAGAUCAAAUAUUAACCAACUACAUUCAACUCAAUGGAGAAGGAUCCUGGAGAUCUUUACCCAUGCAUGCAGGUUUGUUGAGGUGUGGGAAGAGUUGCAGGCUGAGAUGGGUAAACUAUUUGAGGGCAGACUUGAAGAGAGGGAACUUUACUGCUGAAGAGGAAGAAACCAUUGUUAAGUUGCAUAGCACUUUGGGAAAUAGGUAG